CGCGAGGGCAAGAAACUUCUUGGCACCAAGAUUUCUUGUUGUUGUUACCUUAAGAUCUUUAACGUUUCUCAAUUAAUUUUUACCUGCAUCAUUUUUAGAAAUUCUUGAAUAAAACUUAUGCUGAACAAGUUGUUGUGUGUUUUGUUUUUAGCUGUUAGUUAUAUUUGUGGUGGUGAUUGUUAAUUUUUGCGAUCAAGAUUAGUGCCUUUAAUAAAAUUAGCGGAAGGUACUCUGAUUGGCCUCCGACGAAGAAAAAAUCCAAAAUGGGGUCGCGAGUGGGCGGACUAAGCACAGUUGGUCUGCCCGCGGAUAAAGCCCUUGCAGGGGUGCCCAGACUGUUGGACGAUCUUCAGCGACUGUCCGAAGAUUCGGAUUCUGCGGACAUCGUCUUCGUUUUGGGUAGAGAAGAGGAACGAGUGUUCGCACAUAGAGUCAUCCUGAUGGCCAGAUGCAAAAGCUUCCAAACAGCGAAAAGAGGAGAAGUUUGCAGAAUACCGGGAUGUACAGUUUCCCCUUCCCCGCCAGGUACCCCUACACCAAUCAGAUUACCGCAAGCCAUACCAGAAACGUUCAAACAAUUUUUAUUGUACGUCUACACAGGAAAGAUUUUGCUACAAGAUAGUGGUGUAUUCGAAAUGUUGGCUCUGGCUCAAGAACUCGGCGUUGACGAGCUCCGAAACGCUUGCGAAGAUCACGUGACGUCAACAUUAUCAGUUCCUUCAGCCUGUAAUUUUUUGGCGUCCGCCAUGGAUAUUCAAAAUAAAUGUCCAGGUGGUAAAGCUGCAACAGGUUUCAUUGAGAGAUGUGUGAGUUACAUAGGAGAAAAUGCAGUCGAAUGUGUAAGAACAAACUCAUUUCUAUCGCUACCAAAAGAAGCAGUUAUAAAACUGAUAUCAUCGGAUUAUUUGUGUUUGGAGGAAGAAGAUGUUUGGAGAGCCGUUUUAAACUGGGCAAAAUAUCAGGCGGGUGUUACUCAACCCAGUGCUCAUUGGACGGAAGAGGAGCGAGCCAGGGUUUGUCAGCAUCUUGGACAUGUUAUUAACCAUGUUAGGUUACUUUUAAUAGACAGUCAAGUUUUCGCGGAAGAAGUGGAACCCACAGGUGCGGUACCAAUGGAACUAAGUCUGGAAAGAUACAGACACGCGGCGUUGCCAAGCAAAUACCCCGAAGGUGCAGAGGACCAAAGAUUAAGGCCCAGAAUUUCCCCGCAUCUGUUCCCAGGCUCUCUAAUCCUGGGACAGGACAAAAGCCACUUCCAGCGGAUUCUUAACGCGUGGUACGGACAUCCGAAACAAACAUGGCGGCUGGUCUACAGAGCCAGCAGUCACGGGUAUUCGGCCUCUUCCUUCCACAGGCACUGCGAUGGAAUUUCGCCCACCUACGUCAUAGUUAUGGGCCCCAGAGGGGAAAUCUGCGGCGGUUUUAGCGACGCAGCCUGGGGAAGGCCUCAAGGGAAAAGUCACUAUGUUUUGUCGGAAAGGGCUUUUCUUUUCACCCUGUAUAACCACCAAGAUCUGCCGCCAACGCAGUUUCACUUGAACAAGAAGCCGUUUGCCAUAUGCUAUCAUCCAGAUUCCGGUCCAAUAUUUGGCGCGGGCGCGGACCUGUUAAUAUCCAGCAAUUGCAACACCAACAUGGACAGUUACUCGAAUUUGCCGCACACCUACGACGGUGAAGGCGCCUCGCCCUCCAUUCUGAUGGGCGACUACAAUUUCACAGUGGCGGACUACGAAGUUUUCACCCCCAUGAAUUCCUCCUCGAAAAUAUCCAAAAACGAAAGAUAUCAAUAGACGAUCAAGGUAAGGCUUUUAUUUAAAUGGAAACUAUUGUGUUCAAAGUUUAAGAAAUUUAUAAAAAUACUCAACAAAUGCUAUAAAAUAAAUAAUAAAAACAGUUAUAGCGCUUACAUUACUUUAAAAUCCUACUGUUUAGGUAUUCUUAUUUACAUGAGGUAAGUAAUAAAGAUAAUAAAUAACAUUUUUUAAUCACACGAUCCGUCUAUCCAGCCGUCUCGCCAUCUUUGAUUCACUUUUGUGCAGUCAAACUCUUUUUUUCCUGUUUUUACGUUUAUUACAUUGUGAAUUUUGCACAACCAUUGACUGAGGGCUUCUUGCGACUCUGUCUUUGGCGGAAACUG